AUGCCAGUUGGUAAUCUGACAGCUGGCAAUUACACAGAAAAGAUGGGGUUAAAAGGAUUGAAACAAUGUGUGAUGGAAUGCUGUCUAACAGAAUCCUGUAAUAUAGUUUUCAUAUAUGAUGCUAGAUGUUUCCAUGUAGAGUGUGUCAGCGACGAGCUGUGUUUGCCGCUGCAGAGGUCUGACACCAGGAAAUGGGAAUCAACAGUCUCAAUGAUCCUAGUUAAACCUGUCUUGCCCAAUGAAAAUUGGUCAGAUAUCCUAGACCAAUCCAAUUACAGACAAGUUAACAACAAUUUUUCACCUGAAGAAGAAUCUAUGUAUUCCCCAUAUACAAGCCACAGGAAUGAUCUAAUUACUGAUGAUGAUGAAUCAGCAUUUUUAGCCCGUUUCCUGAACAAUCUUCCAAUGGAUGAUGAUGACAGACCUUAUGAUAAGUAUAGAGAUAAUACAGACAGUGAUAUGAUAAUGGAUACAUCCAGAUAUCUAGAAAAAAUACCAUGUGAAGUAUCGGAGGACUGUCCACUGAAUGCUGCUUGUGUACCCUUCAGCAUGAAAAUGCGUAAUGGAAUUUGCAAAUGCAUUCCUGGGACUGAAGAAAAUGGUCAGGGUGUAUGUGAACCAAUAAGACCUUUUUCGAAAGGGCCAACAAUACAAGUGGACCCAAUAAAAAAACUGGAUGAAGCUGAUGUAAAAAGUGAUGCCUUAAAAACAGAAACAACUUCACAGAAAACUGUACAACCCUUGACAGUUUCAAUAUUAUCUAAACAGGUACAAUUGCCUGAGAAUGAAGUUACGUUAGCAGCAUACACUAUUCCUGAUGAGAAGGCCACAAUGAGUCAUUACAACUAUGCAUGGACUUUAGUAGAUCAGCCAAAAGGCGGUUUCACAGGUAACAUGAAUCAAAAUGGUGCAAAGGUGACAUUGACUGACCUAACGGAAGGCCAGUACAGUUUCAAAGUAACAGUGAACGGUACCAACUCAUAUGGUGAAGGAUACGCCAAUGUGACUGUGUUGCCACCUCAACGAAUCAAUACUCCACCUCAGGUCGUCAUUACCCCACAGACACAGACUGUAAAGCUGCCUAAUACUGUAGCUGUGCUAGACGGCAGUGCCAGUAAGGAUGACGACGCUAUCAUAUCAUGGCACUGGGACUUAACCGUAGGUCCUCUGGGAUACCAGCCACCAUUACAAGAUGGGCCUACCUUAGUACUUAAAGAUCUCAAACAACCUGGCAACUAUACUUUCAAACUGACAGUGGAAGAUUCAGACCACGUGAAAAAUUCGACAACAGCCAAUAUCACCGUACUAAACCAUACAGAUUAUCCUCCAGAAGCUAAUGCAGGUCAGGACGUUAUAAUAUAUUUGCCUAACAAUAACCUGACAUUAAAUGGCAGCCUUUCUACAGACGACCAUGAAAUCACUUCAUGGGAGUGGACGAAAUCAGCCGAAGACGAAAAUAAGGCUGUUGAUAUGCAAAAUACACACUCUCCUUAUUUACAACUGUCAAACCUGUCGGAAGGUGUAUACACGUUCGUGCUAAAAGUGACAGACUCUUCUGGUCAGUCGUCCACAGCGGACGUGCAUGUUUUCGUUAAACCGCCAACCAACACACCUCCUGUGGCCAAUGCUGGACCGGAUGAAUUCAUAUCGCUACCGCAAACAUGGAUCAUCUUGAAUGGUUCAGCAUCGCACGAUGACCAUAGAAUAGUUGCGUACACCUGGCGUUGCCUGUCUGGUCCCACUAACUCUAACAUAAUCAAUUUUAACGAGUCUGUCGCCAACGCAACGGCCCUUACUAAGGGUCAGUAUGUGUUCUCCUUGACUGUCCUCGAUGAUAAUGGUAACUCUGCGUCUGAUAACGUCACCAUCACCGUUACACAAAAUAAAAACAGCCCGCCUAAAGCGGACGCUGGGGGCGACCAAGUGCUAACUCUACCUAUGUCGGUCUUAAUAUUAAAUGGAUCUAAGUCAUCCGAUGACUUCCGCAUCGUGACAUGGAAAUGGACGAGGUCAGGAACGGGCCUUGCUGCUGGACAUGUUAUACUUCAUUCUGACACAAAACCAGUACUUUUGCUAACAAAUAUUGAAGUCGGACGGUAUGUCUUCGAGCUAACCGUGAUAGACGAUCAGGGCGAAUCUGAUCGAGACACAGUGAGCGUACAAAUCAAACCGGAUCCCUUAGAAAUGAAUCUUUUGGAAUUGACUCUCAACAUGCCCGUAACAACGUUCACGCAAGGACAACUGGAUUCUCUUGUACAAAAAAUUACCUUACUACUUAAAGAAGACAUCAGGAUGAAUGUGACCGAAGUCCGUGGACAGUUGGACACGGGGAAUACACAAUUGGUUUUCUUUUUAUCAGAGCAGGGCAAGGCAGUGGAGGGCAUCCGCGCCGUGGGGCUGGUGCGAGGCGCGUCGGGCGCGUGGGCGGCGUGGGGCGGCGCGCGCCUGCGCUCGCUGCGCUGCCUCAGCAAGUGCUCGGGCCGCGGCGUGUGCGAUCACGCCACCCGCACCUGCCGCUGCGACGCCUUCUGGAUGCAGAGCCUGUUCUCGCAGCUCGACCCCGACGCCAUGCCCGAUUGCGACUGGUCGAUAGUGUACGCGAGCCUGGGCGGCGCGGCGGCGCUGUGCGUGGUGUGCGCGUGCUGCUGGGCGAGCGCGCGUGCGCUGCGCCGCGCCUGCGCCCCGCGCAAGCCGCGCGCGCGCCCCAAGUACCGCCUGCUGCCGCUCGCCGACCACGAGGAGAAGCCUUUUACAAGCAAAGACGUGUCAGAAACAGAGACGGACUCUGACGUGUUAUACGAAACCAAAAGCAAGACGACUACGUUCGCGACGCGUGCUAUGAACGGCGAAGCGUCGCAAGGCAACGGAUGGAAGAAAAACGGACACUAUAAGAGUUCACGCAAAGUGAAAACGUAG